UACCUUUUCAGCCGUCAACACAAUCGACAAAGUUCAAGAUGGGAAAAGGAAAACCAAGAGGACUCAACGCCGCUCGCAAGCUUCGAACCCACCGACGUGAUAACCGCUGGGCUGAUCAGUCAUUCAAGAAGAGGCUCCUCGGAACCGCCUUCAAGUCUUCUCCCUUUGGUGGUUCUUCUCAUGCGAAGGGAAUCGUCCUCGAAAAAGUUGGUGUCGAGGCCAAACAGCCAAACUCCGCUAUCCGAAAGUGUGUGAGGGUUCAGCUUAUCAAGAACAGCAAGAAAGUGACUGCCUUCGUUCCUAACGAUGGUUGCUUGAACUUUGUUGAUGAGAACGACGAGGUUCUUCUCGCUGGAUUCGGUCGUAAGGGCAAGGCCAAGGGGGAUAUUCCUGGUGUCCGAUUUAAGGUCGUCAAAGUCUCUGGUGUUGGUCUAUCUGCCCUGUGGAAAGAGAAGAAGGAGAAGCCUCGCAGUUAAACAGGUUCGGGGGGGGUUCGGGUUUACUUCUUUCCUUCUUUAGCAUUAUGGAUAGCAAAAAACUUGAGAUGAUAUGGGGGUACGAUACUUUGAUUCAUUUGGCGGACAACCUACGAUCUAAUGUAGUCAUGGUGUAAAAAAUCCCAACAUAACGCGAUGAUAAGAAACCGAGGUCCACCUUGGGUUGAAAAAAAAAAGGGGGGGGCUUUCUCGUUUUUGUUUUUUCCUUCUUCUUUCCGUGACUGGCGCUUCAAAUUGGGUUACCACGAGCUUGAUAGAAUGCAAAACUCUUGGCAUCAAA